CUGGUUUAUAAGUGUUGGAGGAGCCGCGAUUUCAGUUUUUAGUAUUUUGUUAUAUCUACUACUAUGUAAGAAAAAUUUGCUAGUUCUACCAAGACCCUAAGGCAUCCUACCACCGUUUUUCAACUGCAGAAUACUUCCUUUGAGGGUCGAAAGCCCACCAUGGCAGGCUCUGUCCUCAACAUGAGAAUUAUCACAAAAUCCAUAUCACACACCCUCCGCGCCAUCUCUGUAGUUACAUUCCCACCUGGAUUCCUCUUCCUUCUGAUCCAAGGGAUCGCAUCCGGGCGAGUCAACCCCGCCAUCGGGAUCCUCCCACUGUUCUGCUCUUCCGCCUUCUCCGCUUUCCUUUUGUACAACGAGAGAAAAUGCGGGUGUCAGUCAUCUGGCCUGACGGGCACACCAAUUCACUUCGUUGCGGAUUUCCUGUUGGGUAUUGGGCUACUUGUCUGUCUGAUUUUGGCCUGGGUAUUUCUGCCACAUUCAUACGAUGGAGGGAUGGUUAUGCUGGGGACGUAUUGCACAAAUUUCCUUGGCGUGAAUUUUCUCGUUCACUUCUACUUCACCGUGCGACAACUCUACGAUGCCGUCACCCCUGGCGCGAACUACGUUACCUCGUGCCCGCAUUGCAAAUAUGGACCGUCGUUUUUACCGACCGUUGGGAGAGGAUCGCGGAAAGGAUAUGCACCGUUGCUGGAUGGAGAGGGUCGGCCAAUGGGGGAUGGGCCGAAUGAAGAUGAACAUGCGGAUGGGAUGAACACCUCUACUGUUUAAGGAGAUACAUCCAUGUAGCCUUAUUGCUUCCUGUCGGAACCCUUAGAAUAGUGCCGGUUCCGAAACGCGAAUAAAGUCAAUUCCGGCUAGGACGAUCUUACAUAACCUGAGAAUAUUUGGAGCUUCUGUCCUCUCCUACAAGAUCAUAGUAGAGAGAUAAAUAGAAAGGCCUCUUUGGUCGUUCGAGCGGCUGAAAUGCUGAAGGGCUAUCACUAUCGCCCCCUCAGAGUUCAGAUCUCGGGGAUGAAACCCAGGAGGAGAAGAAUGAAUCGUAAGGCAUGACAUUGCAGCACUGAAGCCGAUAUAUAGUUCUCUAUAUAAUGUCUAUAUGGCAAACCCCAAAUAGAUGCGCUCAAAUCAAU